AUUUUUAAUAAUUCGUCAAAAAUUUUAUUUAUUACAAUUAUAAUUAUUGGGACAUUAAUUACAGUUACAUCUAAUUCUUGGUUAGGAGCUUGAAUAGGUUUAGAAAUUAAUUUAUUAUCUUUUAUCCCCCUAUUAAGAGAUAAUAAUAAUUUAAUAUCUACAGAAGCUUCUUUAAAAUAUUUUUUAACCCAAGUUUUAGCUUCAACUGUUUUAUUAUUUUCUUCAAUUUUAUUAAUAUUAAAAAAUAAUAUAAAUAAUGAAAUUAAUGAAUCUUUUACAUCCAUAAUUAUUAUAUCAGCUUUAUUAUUAAAAAGUGGAGCCGCUCCUUUCCAUUUUUGAUUUCCUAAUAUAAUAGAAGGUUUAACAUGAAUAAAUGCUUUAAUAUUAAUAACUUGACAAAAAAUUGCACCUUUAAUAUUAAUUUCUUAUCUUAAUAUUAAAUAUUUAUUAUUAAUUAGAGUAAUUUUAUCAGUUAUUAUUGGAGCUAUUGGAGGAUUAAAUCAAACUUCUUUACGAAAAUUAAUAGCAUUUUCUUCAAUUAAUCAUUUAGGGUGAAUAUUAAGAUCUUUAAUAAUUAGAGAAUCAAUUUGAUUAAUUUAUUUUUUUUUUUAUUCAUUUUUAUCAUUUGUAUUAACAUUUAUAUUUAAUAUUUUUAAAUUAUUUCAUUUAAAUCAAUUAUUUUCUUGAUUUGUUAAUAGAAAAAUUUUGAAAUUUACAUUAUUUAUAAAUUUUUUAUCAUUAGGAGGAUUACCUCCAUUUUUAGGAUUUUUACCAAAAUGACUUGUAAUUCAACAAUUAACAUUAUGUAAUCAAUAUUUUAUAUUAACACUUAUAAUAAUAUCAACUUUAAUUACAUUAUUUUUUUAUUUACGAAUUUGUUAUUCCGCUUUUAUAAUAAAUUAUUUUGAAAAUAACUGAAUCAUAAAGAUAAAUAUAAAUAGUAUUAAUUAUAAUAUAUAUAUAAUUAUAACUUUUUUUUCAAUUUUUGGAUUAUUUUUAAUUUCUUUAUUUUAUUUUAUAUUUU